GCCAAACAGUCACAUUUCCCUGGAGCUCCUGGGUCCUAGAGGAAGAAAUCUGUCAUGUUGCAUCUCCUCUCCAUGUUAGCCCUGUUCGCACUGCCCCUGGGGAUCCUGGGAGCAGAGAUGAAGACUCUCUCACGGAGAUCAGUAGCCAACGCCUGCACCCUAGUCAUAUGUAGCCCUGUGGAGAAUGGCCUGCCUGGUCGUGAUGGACGGGAUGGGAGAGAGGGUCCCCGGGGCGAGAAGGGUGAUCGAGGUUUUCCAGGAGCUGUAGGGCUCUCAGGGAUGCCUGGUCCACCUGGCCCUGUUGGGUCCAAAGGGGACAAUGGCUCUGGUGGAGAACCCGGACCAAAAGGAGACGCUGGCCCAGGAGGACCUCCAGGACUUCCAGGUGUGCCUGGUCCAGCUGGAAAAGAAGGUCCCACAGGAAAGCAGGGGAACAUAGGACCCCAAGGCAAACCAGGCCCCAAAGGAGAGGCUGGGCCAAAAGGAGAAGUAGGUGCUCCGGGUAUGCAGGGCUCUGCAGGGGCAAAAGGCCCUGCAGGCCCUAAGGGAGAGAGAGGCACCCCUGGUGAGCGAGGUGCCCCUGGGAUAGCUGGAGCAUCAGGGCCUGCAGGAGCUGUGGGUCCACAGGGAGCUUCAGGAUCCAGGGGGCCCCCAGGACUCAAGGGAGACAGAGGUGCUCCUGGAGACAGAGGAGCCAAAGGCGAAAGUGGGCUUCCAGACAGCACUGCUCUGAGGCAGCAGGUGGAGGCCUUAAAGGGACAGCUACAGCACCUUGAGGCUGCCUUCUCGCGCUACAAAAAAGCUGGGCUUUUCCCUCAUGGCAAAAGUGUUGGGGACAAGAUCUUCAAGACAGUGGACUCUGAAAAGCCUUUUGAGGGUGCCCAGGAAGUGUGCAAGCAGGCUGGAGGGCAGCUGGCCACCCCACGCUCUGCUGCUGAGAACAUCGCCUUGCAGCAGCUGGUAACGAUCCACAACAAAGCUGCCUUCCUGAGCAUGACAGACGUGAACACGGAGGGCAAGUUCACCUACCCCACAGGGGAGCCCCUGGCCUAUUCCAACUGGGCUCCGGGGGAGCCCAAUAACAACGGUGGGGCAGAGAACUGUGUGGAGAUCUUCACCAAUGGGCAAUGGAAUGACAAGGCUUGUGGAGAACAACGCCUUGUGAUCUGUGAGUUCUGAGCCACUAGGAGGCAGGAGGCGGGAUAGGACUCGGCCAGUAAGGUAUAAGACUCAGC